UUUUAAAGUUUGAAAUAAAUAUUUAAUUUGAUAAUGCUAAAAUUAUAAACAAUAAAAUAGAUAUACAAUAAAACACAGAAAGUUUUGCUAAAGAAAGUUAUUGUCUAGUGACUUUUGUGUUGACCAGGUGUCGUCUUUAACAUGAAUGAAAGCCGCGUGCAUGGAAUAAUCAUUAGUUUUUGAGGUUAAAUUGUAUUUUCACAAUUACUUGAUGUAUUAUUAGUCAACAAUAAAGAAACAGAUAAUGACAACGUCUUACAUAUCAUGUGCCUGUAAUCGAAUUCCACAUUCAGCCGAUUGGGGAAAAAAUGGACUUGUUUGUUACGCGGCGUGUCAUGCAGUUGUAAUUUAUGAUCCAUUUAUUUCGAAAAUUGGAAAAGUAACAAACACACUUCAUCGACAUAAAGGACGGAUUAAUACCGUACGAUGGAUUAAACAUAAAAAUUUGGAAGCAGAGUUUGAAUUACUGUCCAGUUCGAUAGAUAGAACUGCUAUUAUUUGGAGCAAAAUUAAUGAAUGUUAUAAAUGUACAUCUGUCAUAGAAGAUGAUGAUAUUUUGACAUUCAGUAAUUCACUGUAUCUUUCUAAUGAUAACUUUUAUAUAAAUGAAAGUUUCCCAAAAUUGUUGAUUUGUACUGGAUCAAUUAAAGGGAAUUUAAAAUUAUGGCUCAGAGAUACUUGUGGCACUGUAAAAUGUGUACAAACACUUAUAUUUGGAACAAAGCUUCCUAUAGAAGCUUGUUUUUAUUAUCUACCAAGUACAAAUUUACCACUUCUAGCUGUUGCAUUAGAAAAUUCAACGAUUGAAUUAUAUGUAACUACUUCCAAUAAUAUAGAAGAAAACCACUUUACAAAAGUACAAACUUUGGUUGGACAUGAAGAUUGGGUUCGAUGCAUGGAUUUCAUUUAUGAUAUCGAUGAUAAUAUUUUACUGGCAAGUGGAUCUCAAGAUGCUAUGAUACGAUUAUGGAAAAUCUCUGCAAAUAAAGCAGAAAUAUUAAGCAAUGAGCUACAACAAAAACAACAAACAUUUAUAGUUUCUGAUAAAAAAUACAAUAUUACUUUGGAGUCUGUACUCUAUGGUCAUGAAGGCUGGAUUUAUGGCAUACAUUGGUAUCCACAGCAAUUGAAUAAUAAUGAUUUAAGAUUGUUAUCUUGUUCAUUAGAUAAAUCUAUGAUUAUAUGGGAACCAGAUAAAGUAACUGGAAUUUGGUCUGAAAAAGUGAGAGUGGGGGAAGUUGGAGGUAACUUAAUGGGUUUUUAUGGAUGUAAAUUUAGCAAGAAUGGAUUAAAUAUAUUAGCACAUGGAUACCAAGGAUCAUUUCAUAUUUGGGAAUACUCAAGUGAAGUAAAGAAUUGGAUUCCAAAGCCUGUACCAAGUGGUCAUUUUGCAGAAGUAGUUGACCUUUGUUGGGAACCAAAUGGAAGGUUUCUUGUAACUGCAAGUGUAGAUCAAACAACAAGAAUUCAUGCACCUUGGAAACUUGGAACUACAGAAUUUUGGCAUGAAAUUGGACGUCCACAAAUUCAUGGAUAUGAUAUGUCUUGUUUAGCUAUGUUAACUCCUUAUACGUUUGCUUCAGGAGCAGAAGAAAAAGUCGUUCGUGUAUUUACAGCGUCAGCAACAUUUAAGAAUAGUUUAAUGAAAAUUGCCAAUGUUGAUGACUUUCAAAAUAUAGUAGCAGACAGUGCAUCAGUGCCUGCUCUUGGAUUAACCAACAAAGCUACAUUUGAUGAUAAUAUUAAAACAAAGACCGAAAACAAUAAUUCUGAAAAUGAAGAAUACAUUCCUCCAACAGAAGAAGAACUAAUGCAAAAUACAUUAUGGCCAGAAUUACAAAAAUUAUAUGGUCAUGGAUACGAAAUAUUUUCUAUAGCUGCCAGACAUGAUGGAUCAUUAUUAGCAACUGCAUGUAAAUCAACAUCAUUUGAACAUUCUGCAAUAUUACUAUGGAAUACAAAUACAUGGACACAAAUUCAGAAACUUAUGUCUCAUCAACUAACAGUAACACAAAUGGAAUUUUCACCUAAUGACAAAUAUCUGGUAUCUGUAUCUAGAGAUAGAAGAUGGUCAUUAUUUAAACUUGAAGACAAUACUUAUACUUUAUAUGCAACCAGUUCAAAAAAAGAUAGUCUUCAUAAUCGUAUAAUAUGGUGUUGUUCAUGGACAUAUGAUUCAUCUUUCUUUGCAACUGGUUCCAGAGAUGGGAAAAUAGGAGUUUGGAAUCCAAAUUUUAAAGAUAAUAAAAUUGUUCCAACUGCAAGUUUAGAUGUGAAAAAUUCUGUAACAGCAUUAGCUUUUUCUGUACGAGACAUGGAACAGUCUUACAUUUUAGCAGUAGGAUUUGAAACAGGAUAUAUAGAAAUACAGAAAUUAAAAGUAUGUAUUGACUAUUCUGUAUGGGAAAAAUACUUUGUGUAUGAUUCUUCCCAAGCACACCAUUUAACUGUAAAAAGGCUUAAAUUUCGACCACACAAAGAAAAUUCAAAUACUUUGCAACUAGCAAGCUGUGGAUCUGAUCAUAUAGUGAAAAUACAUGAUAUUGAUACAUUAAAAUUAAGAGAUUUGUAAUAUAUUCACAUUUUCAUAUAAUAGAAUAAAAAUUUUAAUUAUA